AUAUGUAUAUAUAACAAUUCGGUCGGCGAAUGCGACUACGAAAAGUGUUGUAUUGAGGUGCGCUUCGAGAUAUCAAGACUCCUGGAAGUCUCAGAGACAGCCGCUUCUUCUACAACUUUUGACAUCAGUAUGAUGAUACGUGCGAUGAACGAAGCGGUGCUUCUGACAGCGUUGAUUUUCCUGAGUGUUCUGUACGCCGUCGAUGCUGACAAUGUCAUUUUCAAGAAGUCGCAUCAACGGAUGCAGAAACUGUGCUCAAGAAAACUGAGCGAUGCCCUGCAGGUCAUGUGUAGGGAUCGUGGUUACAACGAACCAUUCUACAGUAACGAGGAUGAGUCGAGAAUUGAUCCCGGCCCGGGACUUGUCGAGGAGUGCUGCUAUCAUCAGUGCACCUACGAACAAAUGGAACAAUAUUGCAAGCCUCUUCCUGCGGAGAAACGGAUCGACUCGAGGGACGACGUUAUAGAUCUGUCGUAUAUAGCGAAUCUACCUCAUUCUACGACGAAAGAUCUUCUGGAACAGCAUUCACAAACGGAGAUGGACUACGCCGGCGAUGCGAUAAAACGUAAGGUCGAUGAUUUGAAAAGGGGACGGCACAGGGGGAAAAGUGGUCGCAAUAAUGAUGGUGAAUGCAAGGGGAAGGCUGAUGCGAAAAAGCGACACCGCGGCAGGCAUUGUAGAUGCCGGCGUCGGCGUCUGGAAUGUCGCCGAGCUGGCAAGGUUUUACGCAACAACGCUAAAUCUUUAGGCAACAAAUUUGUAACACCAUUGACAACUGACGAACCUACGUCGUUCGAAACGAUUUAGAGCGAAGUUAUUUGAUUCUCCAAUGCCAAACUUCGAUUUGCUACUUUCUCUUGAUCACAUCAUUUAAAUAAUUGAUGGAGUUUGCACACGGAUGAAUGCUAGUAAAGAAGAAACUUGAGAAGGGAUAAAUCGAAUCGAAAGAAUGAUUUGCGUGGAAGAGAUAUUAUUUAUAAAAAAUUCAGCCUUACCACGCGUAUUAGUGUUAAUAGAUAGUGUUGAUAUAGGAAGUGCAACGACGAAUAGUAUCAUCCAUUUUGACAUAGAAGAAUUCGCGAUUGAGGGAGCAUGGAGGAUCAAUUGCUCGACGGCGACAUUGACGGGACAGAUGCUGUUCCAGAUAUUAUUAUUUCAUUGCUUUCCUUCACUAGCAAAAACAAUGUCGUUAAAGAAGUGAGUUUCGAUGACGACUCAUGGGGGAAUCGCUGAUUUGAAUAUCGAAAAUGCAAUUGUGAUGAACUUGAAUGCAAUCCGAACAAUCGGGUAGCGUAAUAAUCUCUCAAAAGAAAAAAAAAAGAAAGACUUAGUGAUUUGAAUACAAGUGUUUGCAGGCGCGAGAAGCAGCCCGUAUCGGACAUUUGUCGGUGAUCUUAGUUUUAUUGACAAUUGAUCUCAUUAGUAUUAAAAGCUCUGUUUUAAAUUUAAAAUUUAACUUAGAGUUUAUCUUUGAAACACAUCGACGAACGCGUACUUUACUAGUCCGUCGAUGAACGGACGAAAUUUACAUGCGGAAUUGUAGGUUUUUAAAAAAAAAAGUAGAUAUUAAAGAUUCGGAGGAGAGGUAGUUGUAGAUACAGAAGUUUUAUCACGCAACACAUAUUGAAUAGCAUACAUUCUUUUUACUUGCCAUUUAAAAUUUUCAGUUGACAUCUGCGUUUAUAAUAGCGACCA